AGGUGGGUGGGACAAGAAAGGACCGGCCCCUUCCGGUUACAUAAUCUCAGCAAGAUGGCGGCGCCCAGGGCGUCCCUGCACCUGGUGGCCCCCAUAUGGAAUUUGGGGACCAGCGGUAUCCGUGGUCUGAGCAGUGCAGUGACCCCAGAGGGCAGUCAGAGGAAGGGAAGGAUGCUGCUCCAAUUCCUGACUGACCGCUUCUAUGAUGUGGAGGCCGUAAGGCAGUACCUGUUCCAAAAGCAGGUGUCAAAGGUGCACAAGGAAAAUCGAUCCUCCACCGGCAUCAAGAAACAAUACGGCCCAUACAUCGCAGGAGCCUAUUUUGUCCUGAAGCAGGGAGGAGCAAUCAAAUUCCAGGGCAAAGAGUGGAUUCGGUCCACCGAGCAUGGCUACUCCCCUCGCCAGUUGUUGAGUUUCCAGGCGGUACCUAUAGAGGCGGUGGAUGCCAGUGACUGUGCCAUCAACUACGAAGGCCUGGACAACCUCUUGGCCCUGAAGGAGCUGCAAUCCCUGUUGCUGCAGCGCUGUCCCCAUGUGGAUGACUGGUGUCUCAGCCGCCUCCACCAGCUGGCCAAUUCUUUGCAGGAGCUCUCGCUGGCUGGUUGCCCCCGAAUCUCCGAAAGGGGCCUCGCCUGCCUCCAUCACCUCCAGAACCUCCGCAGGCUGGACAUCUCAGACCUCCCUGCUGUGUCCAACCCAGGCCUCACUCAGAUCUUGGUGGAGGAGAUGCUGCCCAGGUGUGAGGUUCUGGGGGCUGAGUGGGCCCAGGGCCUGAAGUUGGGGCCAGAACAGCAGUCUGGGGACACAGCCAGCCCCAUCCCCGCCUAGUCACAGCCCCUCCCAUCCAGGUGGAUCUCAGUGGGCUGUGUUGAGUCUCUGACAGUUCUACUUCUGGCUUCCAGUUGGGCUCACUCACUGUGGGGGUUGGGGUGGGACGAGGGAUGUGGCACUGGCAGGUCAGGGGGAAGGAGAGCAUGCGGUCCCCACCUCAUGGACUGGCUACACUCUGGACUGAAGGUCACAGCUCCUGUCGUCCUGUCAGGCAGCCCUUCCCACACACUUGUAGUUCUAGGAACUUCCUGCCUGGCCAGGCCUGGGGCAGGUAGGACUCUCCCCUGCAAGUAGCCCCAGGGAGCUGCAUUCUCUCUUGUGGCCUCUUCUUUGCCCACUACUGUGUGGAGACCUCAAAUUAACCUCAUUUAGGUGUGCUGUUUCCCUACUGAUGUAGGGGGUGCUCCUGGCAUUCCAAAGGGAUGGUUGUUCGGGGUGGGACUAGUCAGCUCACCGCAGGGUACAGCACCCCUUGCCCAUACUAAAUGCCAGUAGCAUCCCAAGUCCUAUGGUGUUCCGGCUUAUUGACUGACUUAGCUGCAGAUUCAACUUUUUAUCUGCGCUGUGAAAACUGAUCUGGGCCUUUGAAAUGUUUUGCCUUUGCUAACUGGCGUAAGCCUUGUCAGUAGGAGGCGCUCGAGAGACUUUGCAGGAAGCAAGGCUUUUGCUUCCUAGUUCCUGUUCAGGUGUGCAGGCUCCUGCCUCGCUAGCUCCCUGGUGGCUUCUCCAUUGUGUGGGGGAGGGCUGUGUGUGUCAGCAGCCUCCCCUGAAACCCCACCCUGCCCCACCUGGCAGUUUCCUAGAGGCAUACUUUCACUGGGCUACCUCCUGUGAAUGACUCCACCACACCCCAGAGGUGACUUCCAGUAAAUUCCAAGGCACCUUA